GGACGCGUUACCCGGGACCACCGUCUCGGCGACCCAGACUUAAUCAGAGCUUAGAGCGGGAGAGGUGUGCGUGAAGAGGAGAAACGAAGACGGCUUGCAGCCCUAGCCCCCGGCACCCUGGGGGCUGACGCGCGGCAAUGGGUCUGUACCUCAACAACUGCUAUAAGGCUGCUGAAGCCGCUGCCACUAAGGCGGCCGCCAGCAGCCUAACAGCCGACAGAGAGCACUGCGACACCGGCUCACACAAAAAAAAAACAUUCCAGAGGUCGGAGCAUCUAUCUCUUGGAUCUUCCUCUUGGGGUCAAGCUGCCUAUUAUCCCAGGAAGCAACAAUAUAUUCUAUACUACAAAUAUAAGUGAAAAGGUGAUAUGUACCUUGAAAGAAUUGUUCAUCUGACCACUUUAAAAUUAGACUUUGAAAGAAACUAUGUAAGAGAACAAAAAAUGAUUGAAAAACAAGUAAAUAAAUUGUAUGAAACCAGAAGAGCCUAUAACAGUUAUGGAAAUGAACAGUUCCAAGAAUGGCUGUUACAGGAAGACACACAAACAACUCCAGACCAAGAGCUGAUAAUAAAGCACAGAUAUUUAGAUAUGAUCGGUAGGGAAUUAGACAAGGUUGAGCCCACGGCAGAAAAGCAGAGCAUAGUCCGGAUGCAAGAAGAACAACAACGACAUCAGGACCACAUUAGAAGAAAACUUCAUCUCCGUAGACAAAUCGAAGAGGAAUGGAAGACAAAAGAGAUGUUACUUUUGACAAAGAUUGGAGAAGAAGUAAAAAGAGAAGCAAGAAUUGAGGAACAACGUCAAAAAGUCAGGGAGGAAGCUCACCGGAAGCUUCUUCAAAGAUCAAGAAAGCAAGUGAUACCGCCAGUGACCAGCAAUCGCACCAGGAACAAAAACAACCAGGCCAUUCUCAUAGUUUUGUAAAGAUUCCUGCCAAAAAAUCAUCAGUCUUCGUAUCUUCUCAGCCUGAUGUACAGAAAAACAAAGCAGAACAAAAGAGCAUACAGAAAGAUAAAGAAAUGACUAAAACAUCACAUACUUUAAAUGAUGGAAGAUACAGACAGAACAAAUGAAGUAUGAAAUUAUGAUCAAGAUUGGUAUACCAGAGUUUCAUUCAUCAAAAGACAAUUCAGAACAGCCUUAUUCCCUGAAAUUAGCCACCCUAUAGUAAGAUUUUAUAAAAAUUGAAAUGCAAACCCACGGUAAUAACUCUGUGCUACU